GUUCGCCGGCUUGCUUUGGAGGUUCGGUCUUUGCAGCUGCUGGUUGAGACCCGACUAGGGGCGCGCGACGCUGAGGCUGCAUACCCGCCUGCUGAGGAGCCUGUUCCGCACUCCAGUGUCCCGGUCACUCCCGAGCGUGGCUCGACCCUGCCGAUCGCUUCAGUGUCCUCCCCGGCUUUGUUGCCUUCACCCCCCUCUGCUGUGAAUCCCGGAGGGCCUUCUCUAACUGAGUGGCGUGGGCAACUUAACGAUACCGAACGCCGCGCCCUCGCAAGGCGCAUCGGAGUGUGGGUUCGCCGGUCCCUUGACGAGAACCACCGUGGGCCCAGCGGUCGCGAGGAGAAUCCGCAAGCCAGCCGUGUGUACUUGGUCGCUCGAGACUGCCGAGGCACCGCACACGACCCUCCGUUGCUUUUCCGGACUUUCAGUGCUGCAAGGGCUUGGGUAAAGCCUGCGGGGUACGUGCCAGAACAGACCGUCUUUGUCGGUCUCCCUACCCUGUGGGAAGCUGCGAUUGUUGCCGAGGCUGCAGGUUUGAGGCCCCAGGAGCUCCACUAUGUUGUGGCCGGGGGCGUUCUCAACUAUGACUUCGAGAUAGGUGCCUUAGCUGUUGGAGACGGCGAUUCUCGACGCACCAUUUCUGUGAUACUUGUGGCGCCUUUUGAAGAGCGCCUGCUUGCUAUUUUUCCGCAUAAGGCCUGGGACAAGAAAGCAAACAAAAGAAAGCUCCCGGCCGGCCCUUUUACAAAGCCUUUGCUGUGUGAGGUCGCCUGCGCCUCCCUUUUGGAUAGGACCGUCGUCUCUGCCGAGGCCCCGGUUAAGGUGUGGUUUGGCAUGCUUGCGCGGGCCCUUGCAGAGCAGAUCGUUUUUGACUCGAGCGAGCCCCCUGAUAUCCCGUUUGGGCCGCCCUCUUCGCCGGUGCUUCCUUAUGCCCCCGCCCUUGUGGAGCUUGCGGAAAACCAGUUUGGCUUUCAGUCGGCCCUCAGCUCGCCCGGGCCUCGGGCUGACCCUUUUGAGGCUCGUCUUCAGGCCCUCGAGAGUACCUUAGGACAGCUCAACGCCAGCGUGCAGCAGCUCGUCGGCCGAGACGGAGCCCCUCCUGAUCCGCGUGCGAGCCGUGCGAAGGCAGCCCCGAAGGCAAGAGCAGCAGUCCCGGGGGCAGCCAAGGCAGGUACUCGUGCAGGUGUCGGGUCCAUUCCUGGGACUCCGGCUCCCCCGGGCAAAGCAAAAGAGGUCCCUGGCCUCGACCCAGCCGUCGUCAAAGCCGCCCUCGACUCCGGAGUCUCUGCCUUCGAGCUAAAGGAGCUCGGCGGUCUGCUUGCAAAAGGUCGCGGCGCUCUAGGCGACUUCCCGGCUGCUCCUGCUGAGGCUGCCCUUGAUGUCGCCGAGGGUGCCUCGCUUGGGGAGCCUCUUAGCUCCUCCUCUUCCGGGAGGUCAAAAGGUGCCGCGUACCGCCUGCUGAAGGAUAGCUUGGACAAGGCCCCGGAGCUUAUCUACCAAGAAAUAGAAAAGCUGCUGGACGAAGACCUCCUCUCGAGGCGGGCCAUUGGAUCGCUCAGCUCGGCGCAGAGUUCAGCCCGGGCUUGGGUAGAGUUUCGCAGUCGGGUGGGAUAUUACCCCACCACAAUCCGCACCAUGUGGUGCCUGGCCGGCAUCCUUGACGCUUUGAGAGAUGACAAGGUCUCCGAGGCUCGUGCCCGCACUUGCUUGGCGCUGGCCGCCCUCGACCAGGCGUGCAUAGAUGCUGGGUCCUGGGCCUAUGCUCAAGAAAUCCUGCUUGAGAGCCCGCCGCCGCUGGGUUCCUUCCAGGGCCGCAAGACGCUCUCUGACCCUUUGGAGUCGUACCACACCCGGCUCCUCAGCGGCCGUUGGUCCGACCUUCUUUUGCACCGUGUCAAAGAGCUUGAAAGUUUCCUCGAUGCAAAGCGCAAGCUUGGCCGCGGCCGCGGCGGCGACUCAGGAGGCCGAGGCACAGGUGAAGACACACCGCCAGAGCCCGGCGGCAAAAACAGAGGUCGAGGAGGUAAAGGAGCUUUGGGUGCGCCCGCGGCUCCUGAGAAGCCAGAGCUCCUGGCUGACGGGACUGUGUCUUUUUGCCAUCCUACCGGCUGCGCGCCCCCCCCCUUUGUGGACGGGGCUUUCUUUUCUUCAUCUUUGACUUCGUGUGACGCUGCGGCUGCUGCCGUGGCUUCUUGUGAUCCGGCCGCCGUGCUUCUGACCGCCCGGCUGUUGGAUAACUUUCUUCGCUUGCCCUUGCACCGGGUCAGCCAGGGACCUGCCUGUACGCCGUUCUCCCUCCGAGGCUGCCGUCUUUCCUCAGCUUGCUUGAGCCGGAGCUGGGGCCGCAUAGCUGACAGGCUGAACGCUUGGACAAACCACCCUCCGGUCGGCUUGGAGGAUAUGGGCCGAGCGGCGGGAAAGGUGGAGAAGAUCGAGGAGCAACUUGAGAUGCUCAAGACGGCCUCUGAGCGCGCCACCGCCGCGAUGCCGAACCUAGCUCCGGCAAAGGACGUGGAGGCCGGCCGUUUGAACUUCCCGGUCCCUCCUCGGUUCGACCCUUGCCCUUUCUUGGAUGACCGCCUUCGGGCCUUGUACGUCGACCCGGCCUCUUCUGCAAUCCCUUUUGCCGAGCUCCCUUUCGACCCCCCUAAGGUAAGGUUUAGGGCCCGAGAUAAGCAGUCCCGCCUUGAACUCCUCGCACUGCUUGAUGCUUCGGACCGGCUGGUCCUUUUCCCGGCCGACGGUGUCUCGUUGCAAGGCUGUUGCGGGCUAUUUGCCGUGCCCAAAACCUUGGACAGGGACAGGCUGAUAGUUGACGCCCGUCCGGGCAACAUGGUCCAGGUGGCCGAUAACCGAUGGCUAGCCCUGAUGCCCACGUCAGCGGCCCUGUUGUGCUUUGAACUUCGGGACGAUGAGGCUUUGUGGGCCUCGGGCACCGACCUGCGUGACUUUUACCACAACUUCCUGAUAACUUCGGGGCGGGCGAUGUUCUAUCGUUUUGCCGGGACCUUUGCCCCUAAGGACCUGACCGCUCUAAAGUGUUUCCGCCCCGAGUUUUUGAAGUGCAGGCAACUGAGCGCCGCUUUGGCUACCAUGGCAAUGGGAGACCUGAACUCCGUUAGCUUUGGCCAAUGCAGCCACCUGGGCCUGCUGCUGGCGCACGAGGUGGCUUCCUUUGAAGAACUGAUGACCCUUCGUGGUCGCCCGACCCGGGGGGACCUUAGCCUCGGGGUUGUCAUCGAUGACCUGGUCGUCCUGGAAAAGGCCCUCCUCCAGUCAGGCCCUGCCCGGACCGACGCCGUCAUGGAUCGCGCCUUUGCAGCUUACGCCGCUGCCCCUCUUCCUGUGCACGAGGGCAAGACUUUCCUUAAGCAGCACAAGGCGUCUUUUUGGGGUUCCGAUGUCGAUGGCUUGCAAGGCAUCGUUCGCCCGGCCUGGCACCGCUUGAUUCCCCUCGUCGGUUUGACCAUAGCUUGCAUCCGGCUCCCGGUGCUCACGGUUAGCCUCCUUGAGGUUUUGGCAGGGUCCUGGGUGUCCGUGCUGUCCUAUCGGCGGCGCUGCCUCUCGCUUCUGAACUGGGUUUACUUUCUGCAAAGGGGCCGCUCCCGAGCCUCUGUUGUUCGAGUUCCUCCCGAGCUCCGUUCCGAGUUGCUGCGACUCUGCCUGGUCGCCCCCUUCUUGGUCUGUGACAUGCGGGCCCAGUCCAGCGAGCUCCUCGUCGCCACUGACUCGUCAGAUGACUGCGGGGCUGGGGCAACCGCCCGUGUGGGCCCGGCUUGGGGGAAAGAGCUUCAACGCCAUGUCCUCGCAAAAGGGCUUUGGAACCGGCUCCUUCGCCCUAGCGAAGCCAUGCAGCGUCGAGCGGGUUGCCUGGACCAGGAAGACGAGCUGCCGGGUGACACGUACCGGACGCACGCCCUGUGGACGUUACUUUGCCGCUCCUUGCCGUUCAAGCUCUUUGCAGCCUUUCCUCGGAAGGCGGGUCUCCAUAUCAACAUCAAGGAGGCCGAGAGCUACCUCAUAGUGGAAGAGCGGCUCUCUGCGGGCCCCUGGGAAAGCUCGCGAUGCAUAGGCCUUUUGGACUCUCAGGUUGUGCUGGGUGCUCUUCUAAAGGGCCGCUCAAGCUCCAGUGCCCUGAACCGAUGCCUCCAGGCUUCUCUCCCGGGAUAUCUCUUUUUCAAUAUCCAUCCUUCCUUUUCUUUUGUUGCCUCAGAGGACAACCCUAGCGACGACCCCAGCCGCUACAAAGAAGUGCGAAAGCCCAACUUGCCUUUGCCCAGGUGGUUUCAGGCCGGCAUGUCAGGCGACUUCGCCCCCUUCGAUCUUUUCCUCUCCGACCUCGACCUGCUCCCAGAGCAGAUGCAAGGCCUCCCUCAGCUCCUUUGCGACUUUCGUUCUCGAUGCGGGGUGCCUCUGCCCUACCAAGGGCCUCGUCGAGUGACCUCCGAGGCUCCGGAAAGCGAUGACCACUACGAUGCCCCUGCCUCUCAGGACUAUAUUUCUGCAAGGAGCGUCGGCGAAAGGGAGGCCCCUGCUCCUUCCGCUCCCUGCUUUCAGCCGAGUUUCCCUAAAGCCGCCUCUGCUUUCUUCUCACGGUGCUCAGCCGGCCAGUUCCUCUGGCCCGGUGGUCGCAGGCCACCUUCCUCUCGCCGACCUGCCGAGCCGGUCUACCUUUGUCUGUUUGCUGGCUCUCGUACCGUUGCGCGUGCCUGGGCGGGACAGAGCUCCAGCCCAGCCCUGACCUUUGACUGGAAGGAUGGGCCCUCUCAAGACUUAAGUGACAAAGCUCUGCAAGACUCCAUCCUCGACAUGCUGCGGCUCGGGGCUUUCAGUGCUGUGGGUGUGGCGAGCGAGAACCGGCUCAUCGACUUCACCUGCUCUGUCGCUUCAGCCUGCCUCGAUUUGGGCAUCCCUUUCUGGAUUGACGGACCUGACACUUCCCUGCUUUGGUCUUACCCACCGCUUCGUCGCCUCCUUCUCUGCAGCCCGGCCCUGGACUUCUGGAGUUUUGACCGCUGCCGUUUUUCUGAGCCAUGGCAAAAGCGCACCCGAGUGCUUACCACUUCGGACCUGGCUGGGCGACAUGACCAUUGCCGCGGCGGGCACAGGCAUUUGCACCUUCGCGGCCGCUUGGGCCCAGGACAGGGUGACGGCACCAAGGCAGCGGACAGCUUUCCGAAACGCGCUGCCGAGGUUCUGGUGCGCAGUUUGCUACACAAGGUGGCUACGCGUGACGGUGGUCCGGCCGAGGCCGCUUUCACAGGAACGCUGCGAGUGGGAGAGGCGAAAGUGCCAGGGCCAAGGCAGAAGCCGCGUGUCCCCAGGACCGGUUCCCUGUUCGACGUCGAGCUCAUCGAGCAGGCUACCCUCCGAGUGCGGGAACAGAUCUGGAAAGUUUUCUUAGCAUGGCUUCGGGAGAACGUAACGGAGCUAGCUGUGUUAGCUUUGUUCCGCUGCCCUCCGCUGCUCGCGCUGGUGAUGCGGGACUACGGUGACGUUCUUUACCAAACAGGGUUCCCUCUGGGAUCUUACAGGCAGCUGCUAGCUCACGCCCAGAAGAUUUUCCCUUUGCUGCGCCCUCACAUGUCAGUGGCUUGGAACAUGGUUUCGCGCUGGGAAGAACUGCAACCGGUGUCGCAUAGGACGCCGGUACCAGAGGCCCUGCUCCGAGCCCUAAUCGGUCUUAGCCACGCGUUGGGCUGGGAGCGAUGGACGGCAGCGACUCUGGCGAUUUUCUUCUUCGUGUCUCGGCCUGGAGAAGUGCUUCGGGCUACACGAGGAAAACUUCUGACUCCCGAGGAUGCUCUGGAACCUUUCCACCGCUGGUUGUAUCUGAGAUUACCGCCCCAAAGAGCCGCCGGAGGGCAGCUAGGGUGCAACACGUGA